CUUGCCACCCUCCCAUCUCUCCCUAAUCCCUACAAAUACCCACCCAAAUAACUACUUUGAUAAAACUUAAUAAUCAUAAUCUACAAAUUUAAUUGACAAAUUAUUAUUUUUACAAAUUUUAUAAAAAUGGGUAGUUUGGAAGAAGAGAAGCUCUUGCAAAUGGUACAUGAUUUCAUUGAAUCAUCAUCCGACUCCAAUACUUCAUCUUCCUCAUUAUUAUCUCCUACUCGAAAACAUGCUCAUUCUACAACAUUCUUUACACUUCAAGAAAUUCUAAAGAAGAAGACAGAAGAAGAGAAAGAAAUCCAUGAAAAAGUAGAGAAGCUCAUGAGAAACAAAAUGGGUUUGGAGAAAACAAGUGGGCUUAAGAAAUGGGUCGUUAGUUGCCUUGAAUUCCAUGGUUUUCGCGCUUCUUUUUGUCACUCUUCUUGGAUCACUACUCCUUCAUGUCCUUGUGGGAACUAUGAGUAUAUAGAAGUAGUAAAGGAAGGAGAUGGGCAAAGAGUAAUAGUGGACAUGGAUUUGAAGUCACAGUUUGAAGUAGCAAGGCCAACUCAAAGCUACACACAACUCUUAAGCAAAGUUCCAAUUAUAUUUGUAGGAAAUGAAGUCAAACUAAAGAGGAUAAUCUCCCUCCUUUGCUCUGCUGCUGAACACUCCCUAAAAGAAAGGGGACUACACAUUCCUCCUUGGCGAAGGGCCGUUUAUAUGCAGUCUAAGUGGAAGCUUUCAAAUUCGACCAAUUAUAACAAUAAUAAUACUAAUAAUAAUAAUAAUAAUAAUCCGAGGUUAGAAAAGUGGGUCCCACAAAAUGUGAUGAGGAGAAGAGGAGGAUUGACUGGUGGGGGGUCUGGUUUGUCUAAUCAAUUUUCCAACUUGAGCAUCAAUUGUUGCUAGGAAUAGUACAGUAUCUAAUCAAUUUUGGCCUUGUUAUCAAUAAAAUCACUAUUGUCAUUAGAGCUGUCAAAACAGGUCAUCGGGUUGGGUUUGGUUUGGGUCGGGUCAUCUCGGGUCUCGGGUUAUGAUCAGGUCGGGUCGUGUCGGGUUAAUAUUUUAUUCGGGUUGAGUUCGGGUUCGGUCGGGUCGAUUUCAGGUCGGGUCAUAUCUGGUUUUUUCCUAUCCCGGGUUCAGGUCGGGUUCGGAUCGGGUUACAUUUCGGUCAGGUUUGAUUUCGGGUUCAGGUCUUAUCGGGUCGGGUUUAAGUCGGUUUGUAGCAGAUAAUUUCGGGUUCGGGUCUUAUCGAGUCGGGUUUAAGUCGGUUUGCAACACAGUUAUUUUCGGGUUCGUGUCUUAGUUUGGAUCGGAUAAUAAUCAGAUCAAAUAGAAUUCAGAUCGGGUCACUCUCAAGGACGGGUCAAACUCGGGUGUGAUAAUUAACCUAUACAUUUUAAUUAUUUUAUAUUCUAAAAAAUUUUGUUUAACUUAUUUUAGAGUUAAAUUUUUCAAUAUCUAGCAAUAAAUAAUUAAAAUAGAUUUAUCAAUGUAGUUAAUAUUUGGUCGUGUCAUUGAUAACUCGGGUAAAUCGGGUAGCGGGUUGUCACAAGUCGGGUCAAUAGCAGGUUUCAUCGAGUUACAAUCGGUUUUGGGUUGACAUCGGGUCGGGUAUCGAAUCGGGUUCGGGUCAUUGUUCGGUCGGGUCAGUUCGGUUAUCGGUCAUUUUCGGGUCGGGUGUCGGGUUCGGGUUCGGGUGUUACAAAAUCGGGUUAAAAUCGGUUAUCGGUUUUUUCGGGUCGGGUACAGGUUGGGUUUCGGGUUACCUAUUUUACCGUAAUUUCGGGUCAUGGUCGGUUACGGAUUCGGUCGGUUCAGGUCGGGUUUUCAGGUCGGGUCAGUUUUUGACAGCUCUAAUUGUCAUCACCAUUACUAUUGUAUGAAUUGAUGUACACAUUUUAGUAGCUACAGUUUUAUUUUAGAAAUGAUUUAUUGUUUUAAAUUAUUUAUAUACUUCAUGUGGUCAAAAAAAUUGCAAUACUUAACCAAUUAGUGUUUAGCCCUUGAGAUGCACGAGUUUAUUUAUUAAUAAAAAAAUAGUCAAAUUUUAAUGUAACAAAGAGAGAAAGAAUGAAAAAUCACAAUGUAGAAAAUCAGUAGAUGAAGAGAAUGAAAUUUAAUAUAAAUUGUUAAAUUAAAGUUGGACUGCUACCUAAUAAAAGUGAAUGAAAAUACAUAAUGGUUUAGUUAAAAUGAACCACAACGAGAGAGGAAAAGGUGUUAUGCGGUUUUAAAAAUUAAAAAAAAAUAAAGAAAAAGGGGAGAAUGACACGUGUAUAUCACCAUGUUUUAAAAUAUUAGUACAAGAUACGUUUGUCAAAAUAUAACGUUGAUCAUAAUUAUCUCUAUUUAUUUAUUUUUUAAAAUCCUUAAAAUUUAAUAUUAGGAAUGAAAGUACAUAAUUUACUUGACUGCAUUUGCUUUUAAUGAAUAGUGAAAAUAUAUGGUUAAGUGUAUGAAUAGUGGCAAACUAAAGGUGUAGCAAUUUUUUUCCGAAAAGGAGUGAGUAUUUUGUACUCCCUCCGUCUCUUAAUACUCGCACCGAUUUGAGCGGUGCGGAGUUUAAGACAUUUGAAUUGACUUAUUAAUUUAAUAGAUGUUAGUUGAUAGUGGGGUAUUUUUUAAUAUAGUUAGUGGAAAUGUGUAAGAGGUGGGGAAUGGUGAGUGGGGGUGUGAAUUUUUAAAUGAUAUUUUGUAGUGAAUAGGGGUGUAGGUGGGGUUAGUAAGUAAGUGUGCGAAAUAAUAUAAUAUUGGUAUAAAUAUCCAUUUAUAGAAGCGGUGCAAGUAUUAAGGUACGGCCCGAAAAGGAAAGUGGUGCGAGUAUUAAGCGACGGAGGGAGUAUCUAUCUAUAAAUUAAAAAA